UGAAUUGCCGGAGAAGUGAGGAAAUCAUUGUCAUACAUCAGAAUGGGAAGAGGGCUGGGUUCGCAAAAUCUACCGGGUGACGUGGCAAAUGUCAUGGAUCAGUUAGAGAGGCAUUGCUUAGCACCAGAUGGAUCUCUCAUCUCCAAAUCUACUUACUACCAUCUCCAAGGAGCGAGAGAAGAGAUGUCAAAGGAGAGGCAGCGCUAUUUGGAAUCCUUAGCAAUAUACAUCGAAGCAACUGCGAUGGUAGAGGAUUACCAGCAGGCCCUUUCGGUGGCCAAUCUCGGUGGUAUUCGAGAUGUUCAGGGUGUAUACUCUCAAUUGGGCUUGAAAAACCCUCCUCAGGUUUAUGAGGCUCUUGAGCAUAGGAUGACUGUUGCGGAAGCAGCACAGAGAUUGAGGCUUCCUCUUAUCUCCAAAGACGGUGAUAUUCACGAGGAGGAAAUCGAAAAGUGGAGUACACUGUCUAGAAGUUCUUUUGAUAGCACAAGCACCAGCAUUACAUUAAACUCGAGCUCAAACUCAACUUAUCAAACCAAUGCAUCUGCAAUUGGAGCUGUUCCUGCAGCAAGCAGUGCUUCUACUACCAGUACAACUGAUGCAACAGAACCAGAUGUUGGUGGUGUUCCCAGUCGUUUCCUUGGAAUUACACCUGCAUAUUUAUGGCAAACUCAAUCACAUCAGAUGUCAUCAGUGGACGUGGCAGAAUAUCAGAGGUUGCUUUCACGGGAGAUUGGUAGCCGGUUAGAUGCUAAAUGUGAUAAGUUAGCCGAUGCAGUUGCUAUUGAUGACAUUGAUAUAUCUGCUGCCAGUCAAAUUUCAGCUGCCCGACUUCCAGAAAGGGUAAAGUUGAUCAUUGAGGAGAUUGAGAGAGAAGAAGAAGCAUGGCGUGAAGAUUUAUAUUCGUCUAACAGAAAAUUUGCAGAAUACUAUAAUGUUUUGGAGCAGAUCCUUGGUGUUCUUAUUAAGCUUGUCAAAGAUAUAAAGUUGGACCAUCAACAUAAAUAUGAUGAACUGCAAAAGACAUGGUUGUGCAAAAGAUGUGAGACCAUGAGGGCAAAAUUAAGAGUUCUGGAACAUAUUCUCCUACUUGAGACUUAUACCCCGGAAACUAUUCCCGCUCUUCACAAAAUAAGGAAGUAUUUGAUUGAAGCAACAGAAGAAGCAUCACUUGCUUACGAGAAAGCGGCUUCCCGCCUUCGUGAGUAUCAAGGGGUUGAUCCUCAUUUUGACGAAAUUGCUAGGCAGUACCACGACAUUGUAAAGAAAUUGGAGAGCAUGCAGUGGACCAUUAACCAAGUUGAAAUGGACUUGAAUCCUUUGCCUGCUCACUCCAGCACCUAAAGCUUCUUCAUAUUCAGUGCAAGGUUCAUGUAAUAUCCAUAGUGUUUUUUGUAUUAUAGGAACGUAUAUGAGAUUGCUGAUUCUCAUUUUUGCAUUUAUUAACUUUUGAAUUUCGAUA